AUGAGUAAAAGGAAUAAGGAUAAGGCUAAUUUACUAGAUGCCGAUAAUCAGAAGACCCAUUAUUGGAUUAACCCUAGGAAAAAACGGAAAAAUAAUUUAAUUGGCACUCUUUGGAAUAAGAUCGACGUAUCGCAGACACAUCACAACACACCAUUCAUUAAGUUAUUACAGGGCAAAGAAACGGAUAAGGAAGUCGAAACUAGAUAUGAGUUAUUCAACAGUAUCUGGAAUCAUCAGUUGCACAAGAUACAAACUAUUUUAGAUCAUGAAAAUACUGAAUUAUUUGGAAAAUUAUUGCAGUACAUUGAAGCACCAUUUGAUUAUGGGAAGAAUAAUACGCAUAUUGCUAUUAAUAAUGUAUACAAGAUUCCAAUUGGAUUUCUACUGCUUGGUUCCAAUACGGCGAAUAAUAUUAGGAUUAUACAAGAAUUUAAUAAGUUCGUUCAAUUGCGUGAACAGAAGCAUAUCAAGUUAAUUAACUUGAACUCCAAAAAUUGUGCCAAUAUAAAAUCUACUUUAAGAGAGGUUGUAAAGCAGGUUUUGAGUAAAAAGAGUGAAGAGACGGAAGAAAACGAUAGCAGUGAUUCUUCGGAAGACGAAGAAAGUGAAGAUGAGGACAUGGACUACGAGGGAAGAAUAAACUAUGACUUUGAUAUAGUCGAAGAUUGGUGUCUCAAACAAUUCAGCAGGGAGAAAGGAAAUCCAAAAAAUACUAGCUCACGUCUUAUAAUCAUAUUACAAGAUACAGAUUCAAUAAGUAACCAAGUAUUGAAUCAGUUGAUUAAAUUAAUUCAUUCAUAUUCUAACAAGUUGCCAAUAAAAUUGAUUAUGGGGUUGUCGUCUUCAAAUGUAACGAAUUGGAUAAAUAAUAAUUUGAGUAACGAGUUAAGAAUAUUAAUCAACGGAUUCAAGUUUAAUAGUAUUGACACUAAGCUACUAGGGUUUAAAUUAAUUGAUGAAGCAUUUUUAAAUUACGAGAAUGAUGAAACCAACCCUUUGAUACUUAAUUAUAAGCUAUCGUCUAUUAUUUUCAAUAGAUUCAAGAAUUCGAAUAACUCAAUUGACAAUUUAAUAUCGCAAUUUAAAUUGUCGUAUAUGAUUUUUUUUUACCAACUGCCAUUGUCGGUAUUGAUAGACGAAAAAUUUAAACCUAAUUCCAGAUACUUUGACGCAUUAAGAAGAUUACCAUCUUUCAAAAAGUAUAUGGAGAAAUUGGUAUUCAAAUACAAUGAGCAAAGAAAAUUACUUGAACAACAAAAGGAAUUUGAGGAUUUUAAUCUUGAUAUAAAAAGGAGAAUUGAUCCUAAGGAAGCUGAUUCAUUGAAAAUUGAAAUAACCAAGUUGUUAAAGUCUACCGAUUCAAUAAAAACAUUAUUUGAUGAUACCCGAGUACAAUUCAAAAGGUACAGGUUAAGUGUUCUAAAUUUAAUGAAUAUAAUUUAUAAAAUACAAGAAUAUAGCGAAAAGCCCAAUAAGGAGAAGCUUGAAAUCUAUAAAUUGAUCAUAAAUAAUCAGGUAAAUUCAUCGGUUUUCUUGAAGGAACUUUUGGUGUCAUUGAAAAAGAACCUGAUAGACUUUAUUAGGUUUGCUAAGUCAGAUGCAUUGACCGAGGAAAUAAACGGGGUCAAAGACAUACAAUUGUCCAAUUUACGAAAGAGUUUAAAAGAUAAUACACCUACUGAGAAGGUACUUAGUUGCAUAACGAAAUAUAUUCAAAGCGAAGAGAUUAUCUAUAAACUUGACGAUAAUUUAUUUAAUGAAAUUUUUUCACUCGAUGGUGGAAGCUUUGUUAAUUUGGGAUUUAAUUUCGAAGAAAAUUAUGAAAAUUUGAUGAUAAAUCUUAUAAGACCAAAACUAAGAUCCAUUCUUGAAUUGGGCUUGAAUGAUUCCAAUUCAUAUUUGCAAAAUGAGCUAAUUUCUGAAGCAAAUACUAGUGGUUCCAACGUGCCACCCAUGAUUUGCCAACUAUUCAAAGUCUAUAAGGAUGCACCCGUAUCCAUAAAUAUUUAUGAUUUUUAUUCUGCAUUUAAGCAAUCUCUAUCCAGGGAAUCGAUAAUAUCCGUAUUAGUAAAUAAUGACAAGGGGGAUGACCAUAAAUCUAUAUUACAAAAAUGCCAAGUGGAUAAUGAAUUAAUAUGGGACAAGAUCAUAUAUGCGUGGUUUUUGCAAUCAUGUUUCGAACUAAUCAAUCUUGGUUUGCUAAAAGAAAAGGCAAAGAAUGAUUAUUUAGAAAAAUCAAUAUGGAUUAAUUUAUAA